AUGGAUAAAGAAAUUAUUGCUGGACGAAGUUUAAUUCAAAGUGACCUAAUGCAACUUGACGAAACCAAUGGGGUGAGUAAAUUUGAUACAGUUGAUACACUUGCACUUGAGUUUUUAAACUCAAGUGAACCGAUUGAGGUUUUUGAACCGGAAAGGGAUUUGAUUAUUUCAAAAACUAAUCAAAAAGAGGUGAUGGCUGGACAAGUGUAUAAGGAUAAGGACAUACUGAAGGUAGUGAUGGAGCAAUAUGCAAUUGCUGAAAGGUUUCAAUUCCGAGUUGAUAGGUCAAAUGCUAUCAGCUAUACAUUGUUAUGUAUUUCUGAGGAUAGUGAAUUGAACUUUAAGGCUUCUAGUAUUAACAAAUCACAAAUGUUCAAAGUGAGAAAGUUCAAUAAUAAGCAAUCAUGUCCGUUGAAGGAUAAGGUGUAUGAGCAAUGUCAAGCAACCGAUGUUAGUUACAUGUUGGUAUGGCGUGCUAGAGAAAAGGCAGUGAAUUUUCUGAGGGGUGUACCAGCUGAUUCAUACAAUAAAUUACCAGGGUACUUAUAUACACUGGAUAUGACAUAUCCUGGUUCACAUAUUAUAAUCAAAAAAUCACCUAAAAAUGAGUUCAUGUAUUUGUAUAUAUCGUUGUAUGCUUUUAUAAAGGGAUUCGAUUACUGUAGACCCAUCGUCGUUGUGGAUGAAAAUCACUUAAAAUCAGCAUACACAGGGACAUUCGUCUCGGCUAGUACGUUGGAUGGUGCAGUUGUAUUUACAAGACAUAUAUUGCCACUAGCAUAUGGUGUUGUUGAUUCAGAAAAUGAUGUUGCUUGGUUGUGGUUCUUUGAGCAAUUUAAGGUGGCUUAUGGCGAGCGGAAAAAGAUGUGCAUCAUUUCAUAUAGGAAUGAGAGCAUAAUCAAAUCUGUUUCGAGAGUGUAUCCUACGGAUGAAUUUGAUAGUCUAAUAGAAAAGGUGGAGAAGGUAGAUAUUCGGGUUAAAUAUUACUUAUUAGCUCGAUACGAAAACUGGGUUAGGUUGCAUGUACCUAUUAAACGGGGAUGGACCAUGACGUCAAAUAUUGCUGAGUCAAUCAAUUCGGCACUUGUAUCAGCUAGAGAAUUGGUGAUAUAUGACUUCCUAGAAGAAGUUAGGAAGAUGUUUGGAAGUUGGAAUUGCAGCAAUCAAACAUGA